AUGGCACUGAAGGGACGGGCACCGACACGGUCACUGUCGCCGGCCGGGGACCGUGCGCUGCACCGGGGCCGGGAACCCGCACUGACACCGCGCGGGACUGGCGCUGCCGGGCACCGACACCGGGACUGGCACGGCGACUGGCACCGGCACCGCCUGGGACUGUACAGCCCCGAGUACAACACGCCUCCCUUCCCGCACUGCGGUCUCCCCCAGUGCAGCCCUCCCAUUCCCAGUAGAAAUCCCCCCACCAGUAACAGCUCCCAGUAUACCUCCCCCACCCCCAUGCAGACCACCCAGCCCAGCCCCGGCGUCCCCACAACUCCCCUCCCUGUCUCGCCACCCUCGUCCCCACCUUUUCCUGCGCCUGAGUCACUCCCGGCGCCUUCCGGCUCGUGGGGCUUCCUGCUCGUCCGCAGCCUCGGCCGGAGCCGGGCGCUCUCGGAGCAUCACUCGGGGGUCCGUCCGUCCAUCGGGGAUCCGUCCGUCCGUCCCUCGGAGGGGGACGCUGUCGGCCCCAACGCCGUGUACACCGCUCUCCCCAAAAGUGGUUCCCCUUUUGACCCUGGUGCCACCAGCUCAGGGCUGCACGUCCGGUGGGUGGAGCAGCUGUGGCCAGUGAGGGUCCCUGAGGCCACCCUGGUCAUUUUCUUCUCGGGGGACUACCUGGUGCUGUACAAUGGCCCGGAGGAGCAGGCCCACCUCCACCUGUGGGUGGGCUGAGACUCCUCGCAGGACAAGUGGUGCCCCUGCACCCUCCUCUGCAGCCAGCUGAGCUUGCUGCUGGACCAGCAUCCUGUCACCCACCACCAGGUGCAGGGCAAAAACUCCAACCUCUUCGUGGAGGACUUCCCCUGCAGCUUCACCUACCCGCUAUGGGGGUCCCCAGGGAUGCUCAGCACCCUUACAGCUGCUCAGUAUCCGUGCUGGUGUCCGUGCUGGGUGGUUGCAGUGUCCGUGCUGGGUGGUUGUCACCCCUGUUUGGUUGCUGAGCCCCCCACCCCGUGCCAGCAGCAGGGCGGUGUGGCCUCAGCCGUUAAGCACACCCACCCUGGCCCCAACCCCACACCCAAACUCUACCAGGGGAAGGGCAAGAGGAAGAUCUGGGCAAGCCAGCGGGACCUGUCCUAGGCCAGCUUCAACACUGCCGACUGCUUCCUCCUCGGCCUGUGACAGACCCUCUUCAUCUGGUGUGGGGCCCAGGGCAAUGUCCUGGAGCACAGCAGGGUGCAGGAGCUGGCCGGUGCCAUCCGGGACAGUGAGCGGGGCGGCAAAGCACUCCUGGAGAUUGUGGCUGAUGGCGAGGAGCCACCUGAGAUGGUCCAGGUGCUGGGCCCCAAGCCCCCCUUGCAGGAGGGCAGCCCUGAGGAGGACAUGGUGCCUGAUCAGAGCAACACGGGGGCAGCUGUCCAUGCCAUUAUGGUGUCGGAUGCGACAGGGCACAUGGACCUGACCCAGGUGGGCACCAGCAGCCCUGUCAGCCAUCUGCUCUGCCCUGAGGACUGCUUUGUGCUAGACAACGGCACUGGUGGGAUGGUCUUCUGGAAAGGGUGCAGUGCCAACGAGCAGGAGCGCCAGGCAGCUCUGAGGGCGGCUGAGGAGGUGAUCGCCUGCAUGGUGGUGUCCCUGUCCCCACAGGUGGAAAUCCUGUCCCAGGGCCACAGGACACCCUUCUUCAAGCAGUUCUUCUCCAGCUGGAAAUGGGCAGCAAGUGCCCAUGGGGCAGUGCCUGACCCAGAGUGUGACCAGGCUUGUGCCAGCUCCCAGCAACGGCUGCACUCUGUUUAG